AGAUGCCAUAGUUGAGUUGGUGCCAUAUAAAUUCAAUGCAUCUGAAAGAUUGCCAAAUAUCUCUCACACUCUCAUGUCAUGUGGUGUGAACUCUGUUAUGUAAAUGUUAUGCCAACUCUCUAGAGCAUUCAACACUCACCCUCAACCUCUGAUAUCAUCAAUGGUGAAGCAAAUUACUCUUCUCACUUUGCUUCUUCUCUUCUUCAUUGUAACAGAAGUGGAAGGGGCUAAGAAGUCAUAUGGGGUAUACAGCAACAAGAACAGCAUUGUGAAGAAGCUGUUUGUGUUUGGAGAUUCUUAUGUUGACACAGGGAAUUUCGUGAACUCAGGAUCGUAUAAGCCUCCUAGUGGAAUUACUUUUCCUGGUAAACCAGCUGGUAGAUUCUGCGACGGUCGCGUCCUCACCGAUUACGUCGCUUCAUAUCUGAAAAUUGAAAACCCCACACCAUACACGUUGAGAAAUUCCUCAAAACUGCAACAUGGGAUCAACUUUGCUUAUGGAGGGACUGGUAUUUUCAACACUUUGGUUGAUGGACCAAACAUGACACUCCAAAUUGACUCACUUGAGAAGCUAAUCCAACAAAAAGUCUACACCAAACCCGACCUUGAAUCCUCAAUCGCUCUUUUAAGCGCUGCUGGUAACGAUUACGCAGCAUUUCUAGUAAAAAAUAAAACCAUUUUGGAAAUAAAAUCCUUCACAGAAUCACUUAUCAAGCAAUUGACUUUGAAUCUUAAGCGCGUCCAGAGCUUAGGAAUAGGUAAAGUAGCAGUUGGGUUGUUACAGCCUGUGGGGUGCUUGCCUGGGUUAACUGUGGUGUCUUUCCAUCUGAGCUGCAUUGACCCCUUAAACUUGGUCUCCAAAACUCACAACCAAAUGCUGCUCCAAACUGUGCAAGAACUCAACAAGGAAAUGGGGAAACCAGUUUUCAUCACACUAGACCUCUACAACUCUUUCCUCACCACAAUUAAAACCAUGCAGAAAAAGCAUGCUGAAAACUCAACACUGAUGAAUCCACUGCAGCCAUGUUGUGAGGGAAUUAAUUUUAAAUCUUGUGGAAGUGUGAAUGAUAAAGGAGAAAAGCAAUAUAAGUUAUGUAAGAAACCAGAGUUUUCACUCUUUUGGGACAAUGUUCACCCUUCUCAGAAUGGUUGGCAUGCAGUGUCUAUGCUAUUGCAACCUUCUCUCGAUCAACUUAUUUAGAAAAACUUUUGAUAGUUAUGGAAUUGUAUUCUUUUAGCAUCUUCAGCUUCAGAAAUAAACCUUUAAAUUACAAUUAAGGUUGAGUAAUUGAGCAGAUUAUCAUUUGGAUCGAAAA